AUGGUGGAGGCGGUUGAUGUUUUGCGCAAGGCGGGGGCUAAGAAGAAGAGUAUUCUGCAGUUUCUCCUUGCAAACUCGGACUGCAGCAUGACCAUUCGCGACGUUCACAACCCCAUUCACCGUCUAAAGAGACAAGAGCAUGCAGGAGCGACGAGCCUGUUAACGGAGAAAUUUCUACCGAUGAUGACGCUUUGUCGGCUCUGUUUUAUUGGUGCAUUCACGGAACAAGUGUUAAUACCAGUUUACUGUAACCAGAACCACUGGUGUGCUAUUACGAUCAAUCUCGAAAAGCGCAUCAUCUACUUCUACGAUCCAACAGAAUCAUUAUGCAAGAUUGGAGCUCGUGCGGCUGCUGAAAAGAUCAAAAAUUUGCUUCGAGUUCAACUGUUCGAGGGGUGUUGCGUUCAAAGUUACGGAAGUAACCUCGGAGUCCAAACGGAUAACUACAAGUGUGGCAUCCACGUUCUAGUCGUUUACAGGCGCAGCUUCACCGGGGCUGAUUGA